AUGACUCAAAUUCAGCAGUCCAGUUACAUGCGCCCAAACACUUUGGUUUCAUUAAGCCCUAAUGCUCCCUCUUCGAAUUCAACGUAUCCUGGGUUGUCCCGAGUCGCUAAAAGCGAUUCUUCGCGUUUGGCUUUGGAGUAUAUUGGAGCAAUGCCUCCAAGUCAAAAUCAACAUCUCCAAGCUGCAGCUGAAAAUUCUCGGUCGACGACUUCAAAUGCAAGUGCUUCUGCCGAACACGGAUCACAUCGUCAUCAGGCUAACUAUCCCUACCCAAAUUCCAUGGCCAACACUAAUACGACUAUACAGAUUGCUGAUAGCAGUCCAACUACAAGUUCCAUAAGAGCCACUUACACACCGUGUCAUGUUUGCGGUGACAAAGCCAGCGGGUAUCAUUAUGGUGUUAUUUCAUGCGAAGGAUGCAAGGGAUUCUUCCGUCGAAGUAUUCAGAAGCAGAUCGAGUACAAAUGUCUCCGAGAGGGAAAAUGCACGGUGGUCCGUUUGAACCGCAAUCGCUGUCAGUACUGCCGCUUCCGUAAGUGCAUAGCCGUAGGAAUGUCGAAGGACAGCGUGCGUUACGGUCGUAUGCCGCGUCGCUCUAGUAGCCCCGACUCAGGUUCCAUUAGGACACCGUCAGUGAAUAGUCCAUCACAAAUGCAACAAAAAACGCCCACACACUCCUCACCCUCCUCCUCCGCCUGCGCUGCCGCCGCCCCCGCCUCCGUAGUCCCUCCUGCUGCCACUGCUGUCACAGAAACACCCACCUACCGGCAACCCAAAGAUGCCAGUGAGGUUGCACUCUACAACAUCGUCGUUACCGUCGCGAAGGCACACUUUAACCACUGUCCGUACACUGAGCAGCGUGUUAAGGCGCUUAAGACGAUGAAAAUUACUUUGGUGCCCAGGGAGGGUGGCUUCCCUCCUUUCAAGCUUGAUGAAACUCGUCUGCGAAUGCAUGAGGCUCUCAGUCCAGCCAUCGCUCUUCACAUACAAAGUGUGGUUGAAUUUGCUAAAGCCAUUCCCAACUUCGUUUCACUCACCCAACCGGACCAACUGGCGUUGCUGAAAGCGGCCUUUCCAGAAGUGUGGGUUGUUCAAGCCGCACGUACGAUUUCUUACCCGGAGCAGACCAUCAUGCUCUGCAAUGGACAUAUUAUCUGCAGGACGGAACUGGAUUUUAUCUACACGCCUCAAUUAACGUGUGCGAUGUUCGAAUUUGCCGCCGAAUUUUGUGCACUGAAUCUUAGUGACGUCGAAAUUGGCCUUUUCAGUGCAAUCCUUCUCACCAAACCGAGCCGGCAUGGAUUGUCUGACUCGGCUAAAGUUGCAGUGAUGCAGGAGCGAUUUCAGGCCGCACUGAGUUACCAAUUGGCAGAAAAACACGAAUCUGUUUCUGAUAUCAUGAAUAAGCUUGCGCUAGCAUCUGGUCGGCUUGCACAAUUGUCAGAGUCGAUGCAUUUGACAAUGACUUGGUUCCGAAGUUGCUGGUUCCGUACUCGUCUAUCGCCACUGUACUCCGAAAUCUAUGACAUACCACAGGGUGGUGAGGGCACUCCACGUCAGCCUCAGAAUCAAGCGUAUGCGCCAAUUGACUUCCAGUCACUCGGAUAUACUCCCGCACAGGCUCCCAUGGUUUAUAAUACUGGGACAACGAAUUACACGGCGCCCAAGACACCACAAACAAUAUCGCAUUACCACCAGUAUCAGAACUUCCCAGCAUCGCAAGAUUAUUUUACAAUGUACAACUCUCAGGGUAACACUUAUGCAAACAUGACCGACUACACCGAUGAAUCACAGCAGCAACAGUUCCUGUAUACGCCAGGCCAGGAACGGUGGCACAGCAGUGCCUUCGAGCCCUACUCAACUGAUAUGCAGUCGACAGUAAGAACGUAUGGCCAUGGAACUCAAAGGGUAGAUUUGGAUACAGUUGGAGAUGCUUCGAGGAAUGAGAACGCCUCUACGAGCGCAUACGCGGAAAGCCACGUGCGUUCAAGAAGUCACAGUUCCACAGCUUCACCUGGUUUUGUAUCUAACGAUAUAGGGCAGAACAAAAGCAGUAGACCUCCUACUCUUCCUCCUCCUCCUCCUCCUCCUCCUCCUCCUAAUAGCUCCUCUAGAGAUGCAGCAAAUUUCGUCGGAGAAACGACAAAAUUGGUAAACAGGAACCUUGUCCCCAUGGCCAACAGUACGAUAGUGUCAGGGGAUGAUCCUUUCACGGCUUAUCAAAAUGUUGAUGUUCCAGUGGUUUCGAGGGAUAUUUCAAGUAUAGCUGAUGCUGAGGCAGAAAGUAUCCAUCCAAACUGGAGGAACCUGUCUGUUUUGAAUGGGUUGGAGAAAGAUACGAAUGGAUUGAAGCCAGAAAUGCCGACUCAGAUACCAGCUCCAGAAAUUAUGGCUGCGAUUGAGAGAGGAAAGGACACAUCAGUACCACUAGGAUCAAUGACUGAUGAGGGUGUCGAAUCUGAUGAGGUGCUCCCGGAAAGUUUAUUCAAGGCUGCAGCGGAAGCCCUGGAGAUAGGAGCUGACCCAGUCGCAGAAGCCUCUUAUGAGUAG